AUGUCAAAGGUCUUUUUCGAUGUUGAAGCCGAUGGUCAACCAUUAGGCCGUAUCUCUUUCCAAUUGUACAACGAUGUUGUUCCUAAGACAGCAGAGAACUUCAGAGCUCUGUGCACCGGCGAAAAGGGAUUCGGCUACGCCGGAUCCCCUUUCCACCGUGUGAUUCCAGAUUUCAUGCUGCAAGGUGGUGAUUUCACCAACGGUAACGGUACCGGUGGUAAGUCCAUCUACGGAGGUAAGUUCCCGGACGAGAACUUCGUCAAAAAGCACGAGAGACCAGGUUUGUUGUCCAUGGCCAACGCGGGCCCAAACACCAACGGGUCGCAAUUCUUCAUCACCACCGUCCCAUGCCCAUGGUUGGACGGCAAACACGUUGUGUUCGGUGAAGUCAUUGACGGUUUCGACAUUGUCAAGAAGAUUGAAACUCUAGGUUCUCCAUCUGGUGCCACCAGAACGAAGCUUAUCGUCUCCAAGUCUGGUGAAUUGUAA